AUGGAUGUCUGGACGCACUUCAACGUAACCCAAGCCGUAGUCCCUAACCGCCAGUGUUUCACAGUGCAGGGCAGCACCGCUGGAAGAGGUCCCUCCGUCCACAGGAAGACCCCUAGCAACCCCCACAAAUCCAGGGAUGCUGUCUCCUCCUCCAACGGUCCUAAGAAUCAGCCCGCCGUGUGCGCGCGUCAGUGUGGAGCCAACAUGGAGUGUUCCGCCCCAAACACCUGCACCUGUAAGGAAGGAUACACCGGCUACAACUGUCGUAUCGCGGUCUGUCGUCCCGACUGUAAGAACCAGGGGAGGUGUGUGAGGCCCAACGUGUGCCACUGUCCUGGGGGCCACAGCGGCCCGGCCUGUGAACACGCCGUCUGUGAGCCGGGCUGCCAGCACGGAGGCACCUGUCUGUCCACGAACCGCUGCACCUGCCCGUACGGAUACCUGGGACCCCGCUGUGAAACGAUGGUGUGUAACAGGCACUGUGAAAACGGCGGCAGGUGCAUCUCUCCGGACGUCUGCCAGUGCAGAGCGGGCUGGUCCGGACACACCUGUAACUCAGCGUCGUGUGACCCGGUGUGUCUGAACGGGGGCGCGUGCCUUAAACCCGGGGUCUGUGCUUGCCCCGGGGGGUUCUACGGGUCUCAGUGUCAGAUCGCUGUGUGCAGCCCCCCAUGUAAGAACGGAGGCCAGUGCAUGAGGAACGGCGUGUGUUCCUGUCCCGACGGCUACACUGGGAAGAGGUGUCAGAGGAGCGUGUGUGAGCCCGGGUGUAUGAACAAGGGGAAGUGUGUGGGAGCCAACACGUGUUCCUGUCCGUCGGGCUGGAGGGGCGAGCGCUGUCACAUGCCCCUGUGUCUGCAGAAGUGCAGGAACGGAGGGGAGUGUGUGGGACCCAACACCUGCCAGUGCCCCGAUGGCUGGGAGGGACCCCAGUGUCAGACCGCCCUCUGUAAGGUGCGGUGUCUCAACGGGGGGCGCUGUGUGCUCCCGGACUUCUGCCACUGUCGGAGAGGAUACAAGGGGGUCAGCUGCGGGGUCAAGGCACCGUAUGCAUAACGCCAGCGAAUCGGCACAAGAAUGCACAAAGAAAGAGGCACAGAAGGGAUCGUUUGGCGUGCGUGUUUGGUUUGUGAGUGUAUGUGUGUGUGUCUGUGUGUGCUUGCAUGUGGUUCUGCGAGUGUGUGUGACUGUGGUUGUGCCUGUAUGUGUCUGGCUGUGUGCACAGCUCAAAACAAAGGGACUUGAUGUAUUGCACUUGUCUUGUCCCCUGUUGGUCUGUACUACCUCAUCGCCCCCGGUUACCCUUCGAGCGUGGAAGGCGUCCCACCACAGCGGAGUGCAGAGUCGGCGGACUCACACGCGUCGUUAUCUUGAGUGUGUGAAAACAAAAUAGGGACUCUUUUUACUUGAGGAAUUGAGAGUGAUUUGUACGCUGGGUUUUUCUUCGUUUUGUGGUUCAACAUGUGUUUUCCUUGGGUUUAGCCUCAGUGAACUCUCCAUAAAUCAGUUGUCCGACGGCUGGGGCUUGAUGAGAAGCCCAGCUUGAGGUCUGUUGCCCUGCUUAACGCCAGCAGGAUGUACAUCAGCGUUUUCAGAGGGGCCUGCUCCUCUAACACAAACUGUUACCAGAGUGAACUGAGGUCCUGGAGUCUUUACCAGGGUAGGACUACAGUGACCAGAGUGGUUCACUGAGUUACUGGAGUCUUUGCCGUCGAGGACUACAGUGACCAGAGUGGUUCUCUGACGUACUGGAGU